UGGAGGAUGUGAGGAGGGAGAUUCAGAUAAUGCAUCACUUGGCAGGGAGUGUUAAUGUGAUAUCCAUCAAAGAGGCUUUUGAGGAUGGUGUUGCUGUCCAUGUUGUGAUGGAACUGUGUGUAGGUGGUGAACUUUUUGAUAGGAUUGUGGAAAGAGGGCAUUACACUGAAAGAAAAGCAGCUAAACUUGCAAGGACUAUAGUUGGUGUGAUUGAGUCUUGCCACUCCCUCGGAGUAAUGCAUAGGGAUCUCAAGCCUGAGAAUUUUCUCUUUGUCAGUCAGCAGGAAGACUCUCCUCUUAAGGCAAUAGAUUUUGGACUCUCUACUUUUUUCAAACCAGGUGAAAUUUUCAGUGAUGUGGUAGGAAGUCCUUAUUAUGUUGCACCUGAAGUUCUACGCAAACGUUAUGGCCCAGAAUCAGAUGUGUGGAGUGCUGGUGUUAUCAUAUUCAUUCUCUUAAGUGGGGUGCCUCCAUUUUGGGAAUCGGAACACGAGAUAUUUGAGGCAAUUUUGCAUCAUGAGCUUGAUUUCUCAUCAGAACCUUGGCCUAGUAUAUCUGAAAGUGCAAAAGACUUGGUUAGGAAGAUGCUUGUUAGAGAUCCUAGUAAACGGAUAACAGCUUAUGAUGUUCUUCGUCACCCCUGGAUUCAGGUUGAUGGAGCAGCUCCAGACAAGCCUCUUGAUUCUGCAGUUUUGAGCCGCCUAAAGCAGUUUUCUGCGAUGAACAAACUCAAGAAAAUGGCUCUUAGAGUUAUUGCAGAGAAUCUCUCUGAAGAAGAAAUUGCAGGAUUGAAAGAAAUGUUUAAGAUGAUAGACACAGACAAUAGUGGUCAAAUUACUUUUGAAGAACUCAAGGUUGGAUUGAAAAAUUUUGGUGCUAAUCUCAAUGAAUCCGAAAUUUAUGACCUUAUGAAAGCAGCAGAUGUUGAUAAUAGUGGCACAAUUGACUAUGGAGAAUUCAUAGCUGCAACAUUGCAUUUGAACAAGGUUGACAGGGAAGAUCAUUUAGUUGCAGCAUUCUCAUAUUUUGAUAAAGAUGGAAGUGGCUACAUUACUCAAGAUGAGCUUCAGCAAGCAUGUGAAGAAUUUGGCAUUGGAGAUGUCCGCUUGGAGGAAAUGAUCCGAGAAGCUGAUCAGGAUAAUGAUGGACGAAUAGACUACAAUGAAUUUGUGGCUAUGAUGCAAAGAGGCAAUGCUGAUUUGGGUAAGAGGGGUCGAAAGGGUAGCACUAGUUUUAGAAUUGGUUUUAGGGAGGCACUACCAGUAUGCUAAUAAAAAAAAUAUAGUAGUUAAUGAGUUUCUCUUGUUUUACUAUAGUAACU